GCGGGGAAAUAAUGCAGUAGAUGGCAGCGCGAUCAAGGAUGGAGGAAAGGUAAAAAUUCAGUAGAAUUGUGCGUUACAGUGUAGGUAGACACUGAAAACAGAGUGGAAAUUUUAAUUAAAAAAAGGUGUGCGUCACUUUGAAAUCGUGGGUAGUUUUGGCCAUAAAUUCGAUAAUCUGAAAUCAGUCGUACUGAUGACCCUAACCAUAACCUCAUCUGGAAAGAAUAACAAAGGAACGAAGGAUAGAGGCAAGUGAUUUGCAGCAUAUGUUAUUUUGAAUGACCAGUAAUAGUUGUUCAUAAUGACAGAUGCAGGUAUUGAAGCAGCUGCUGUGACUGUUCUUCGGAAUGGUGUUGAGUUGGACAAUAAAAAACGAUAUACAGAAGCUUUAGUGUGUUACCGUGAAGGUCUUCAGCUUCUGUUUGAUCUAAUGAAAGGUGUUGCAGACUCUGAAAAGAAGAAAUAUUUACGAACCAAGGUAGAAGCUUACAUGGGCCGAGCAGAAAAAGUGAAACAGUUAAUUGAAGAACAAAAAGCUACAGGAAAAUAUCAUGAGCAAAUUGUCAUUGAGAAUGAUUCCACUGGACAUAGUUAUAAGAAUCUAUUUGGCAGGUUUCUUGAUGAAGAGGUCACAUCUAUAGAAGUGGAAGAUCCAUAUAUCCGCAGUUUCCAUCAGUGUCAAAAUUUUCUACGAUUCUGUGAACUUAUGGCGAAAUCAUGUUGCAACCUGAAUAAAAUAACACUCCUUACAAGCAGAGAUGACUCCAUAAAGGAUCAAGUGCAGUGGCUUGAGACUUUGAAACAGAAUUUACAGAGAUACAGAAUUGACUUAAUUAUUAAAUUUUCAUCCACCCUACAUGAUAGGCAGAUAAAGUUGAGCAGUGGAUGGACAAUAAAAAUUGGUCGAGGUCUGGAUUAUUUCAAAGCGCCAGAGAGUAAAUUUUCAUUAGGAUUUUUUGACAUGGAUUUGCGACAUUGUCAUGAAACCACAGUAGAUGUGUUUCAUACAAAAGAUGUUAAAAAGUCUUAUGGUUAAUUGCAUUUUGCAAUUAUUGG